UUGGGCCCGGUCACUCUAUGUCACAACUCUUGCAAUAUUCAGCUCUACAAUGUAUAAGAUGUGUGUACAUGUGAUGAUAGAGUUGCGACAACGUGAUAUAAUAAGCCAUUUUCACAUGCGCACACAAGGUGCCAAAAUUCUAUUUCAUAACAUUCGUACAAGUCUUCAGAGGGAUUGCAUUCCUUCCUACGUGAUGGCAUGCGGAUCACACAAUACAUUCAAAGGUUGUAUUGUUAUUCAAAUAAGUUCAUGGGGCGAUGCCCGUAUAUAAAGGCCCUGACACAAGUCGUGAGCCAUCUUUUCUUCGUGUGUAACAGCACUGCGGACAUCGAAAUGGAAAAUUCAAUUGAUUUAGAGCUCCCGUCAGACAUUGAGUCUGAGUUUCAAUGCGGCCAAGCCGCUGGUGAUGAAGAUAUUACACCAAAUGUAAGCUUAGAAGCGAAGCUUCAGGCAAACUCAACGGGAAUACAUAAGCUUUCACUCUCCAUUGCCAGCAUGCAAAACAUGCUGACGAACAUGGUAAAAAACCAACAGUCGUCUGCAAUCCCAGUCGACAAUAUGUUUCAUGAUGAUUUCGUUGGACAACAGGGUAACUGUUAUGACCCAAACCAAAUUUUCGAGCUGACCAGUAACGUGGCAGCCAGUUCUCUUUCCAAACAGGAGGAAGAUUUUGAUUUAUUGUCUUGCGAAGACAUUUAUGAGACUUCUGAAGCCAAAGGCGCAGAAAUUUUCUCAAAUUUGGCCGAUAGAGCAACCAAAGCGGUAACACUACCGAUCAAAAAGGAGAUAUAUACAAAGAUCGCAGAAAAAUAUGCGACACCGGCUAAUGCGCCGGCUGUAUCUGCCCCCAGAGUGGACGCAGACUUGUGGGGCACUAUUCCUGCAUCGGCCCGCUCCAAAGACGUGGGGACUCAGCAAAUUCAGAAACAUGUGGUCAAAGGUAUGAUUCCAUACUUCCAUAUUCUAAAUGAACUACGGGACACUGCCAAGGCGGGUACCGUAGCAGACACCGAAAAAAUCAAACAGUAUGCCCUUGAUGGCAUUACACUAUCGGGAAAUGCAUCAUAUGAAUUAAGUAUGAAGCGACGGGAUGAUUUGAAACCCUGCCUUAACCCUAUGUAUAAGGGCUUGUGCUCAAGGAGCACACCUGUGUCUGACAAACUAUUCGGACAAGAUCUAAAUUCAUCAAUGAAACAGGUUGCCGAGGCUUUUAAAGCCGGUAGAAAGCUGACUUAUUCAGAAAAUAACAGAAGUACUCAAAACCGUCGGUUUGAGCCUUACUCCCAAAGAACCCGUGGAUUUCGCCAGGGUUUCACGACUGGGCGUACCUCUGGAAACAGAACUCAACCGCGGUAUACGCAAUCCUACUACCCAAGUGGCAACCGCCGAGGCGGGAGAAAUGAUAGUGGGAAGUUUUCCCACCAUAAACCCACAGCAACAGCUACAAGUGGGCAGUUUACUGAAACAAAAAACUGUAAACCAAACUAUAAGAGAAGAGACAACAUGGUGGUUGGAUAUUCCAUGCGAUGA